AUGGGCGGAAGAUCUCCCUGGUGGGCGAGGCAGGCUUACAUUGCGAAGUGUUAUACACAUCUAGUUGAGCCACUUCUUGGAUUCGGUUCUGGGGCACGUCGAAAACGAGCUUGGGAUUUUUGCUCAUGCUUUAUGGCUUCAGUCUUUUUGCGCUUUGGUGAGUACCAAUGCAUCGUCGACAUUUCCUUCUGGGACAAAGUGAUCAAAUUGAAACUUCACGAAUGGAGAUUAGACAAGCCAGUGAUAAGCAUCAAAGGAUUCAUACAAUCGCCAAACGUGCUGCGCAUUAAUAACGAGAGCUUGGAACCCGAGGCUAGUUCGACUGGUAAGGCCGCACACACGUGUGUGCGCGCGAUUUUGCGCAUUUUAGAUCAGCAUUAUGUGACGGGGAAAUUCUAUCAUGUGAACAGCCAAGAGGAAUUUUGUGACUAUCCGUUCAACCAGGCUGCUAUGCAGUCGCUGCAGCCGCUACUUAGUCACGUGAGAACGAAAUCUGCGGUUGACGUAUCCCUGAUCUGUCCAUUCACCGUGGUUGCGUACAUGGACCUGAAGGACUACAUCAUGAAGUACGCCGUGUCCAUUGGCACUGUGGGUUCAACCAGGUUUGAAUUGGUGGAGAGCAGAGAAAUCCAGGAGGAUGGUGCCUACCGAAAGCUGCUGGAGAGGGUGAUUUUCUCUCCGGCCCCGGCCCCGGCCCCGACCCCGACCUCGACCUCGGUCCCAGUCCCGAC